AUGUCGGUUCUUCCAGCAGAAACCCACAACGCACUCAGCCAGCUGCUGCUAGGCCUUCAAGCAGCCGACAACAACGUCAGAAGCCAAGCUGAGGAGCGUCUCUCGACAGAAUGGGCUCAGUCAAAGCCCGACGUGCUGCUCAUGGGCCUUGUUGAGCAGAUCCAGAUGGCCGACUCUCCCACUGACCCUUCCGGCCAGUCGCGCGAGCUGUUCCUCACCCUGCAAAAACCCCAACGAGAUGCUAUUCGAACUCUGUUGCUACAAGGCAUGGCCGCACCUUCGGUGGUUGCACAGCCUUCACUUCGUAACAAGGUCGGUGAUGCUGUGGCCGAGGUCGCCAGACAAUACACCGAUGAGGACGUCUUCAACGACGAUGGCAGCAGAGAUACCUGGUCCGACCUCUUGGCCGCUUUGUUCCAGGCCAGUCAAUCGCCUGACGCUGGUGCGCGUGAGACGGCUUUCAGAAUCUUCGCUACUACCCCUGGAAUCAUCGAGAAGCAGCACGAGGAAGUGGUCCUGAGCUCUUUCACCAAGGGCUUCAAGGACGACGAUGUCGCCGUAACCGCCAUGGACGCAUUCGCAUCCUUCUUCCACUCGAUCAACAAGAAGUCUCAAGUCAAGUACUACCCCUUGAUUUCCGAUAUCCUCAACAUUCUUCCUCCGCUCAAGGACAUGUCCAACUCGGAUGACCUUACCAAGGCUCUAGUUGCUAUGAUCGAUCUCGCCGAGGCAGCCCCCAAGAUGUUCAAGCCUUUGUUCAACGAGCUUGUCAAAUUCAGUAUCACCGUCAUUCAGGACAAGGAUCUUGACGACAAGGCCAGACAGAACGCUCUGGAGCUUAUGGCCACUUUUGCCGACUACAGCCCUCAGAUGUGCCGCAAGGACCCCAACUACACUGCCGAUAUGGUCACUCAGUGCCUGUCUCUCAUGACUGAUGUUGGCGCUGACGAUGACGAUGCUGAGGAUUGGUGCACUACAGAGGAUCUUGAUUUGGAUGAGGCCGACAUGAACCACGUUGCUGGUGAGCAGACCAUGGAUCGUCUUGCAAACAAGUUGGGUGGACAGGCCAUUCUCCCUCCGACAUUCCAAUGGCUGCCCCGUAUGAUCGAAUCGGGUGCUUGGAGAGACCGUCACGCUGCCCUCAUGGCUAUCUCGGCAAUCUCUGAGGGUUGUCAAGAACUCAUGGAGAGCGAACUUCAGCAAGUCCUCGAUCUCGUCCUGCCUAAGCUCCAGGACCCCCACCCUCGCGUUAGAUGGGCUGCUUGCAACGCUCUGGGCCAAAUGAGCACAGACUUCAAGGGCACCAUGCAGACUAACUUCCACCAGAUUGUUCUUCCUGCCCUUGUAGAGUCUCUGAAAUCCGACCAACCUCGUGUCGCCUCUCACGCAGCUGCUGCACUCGUCAACUUCUGCGAGGAGGCCGAGCGUGAGAUUCUUACUCCUUACCUCGACGGUCUCUUCACCAACCUCUUCAACCUUUUGCGCAACACCAAGACCCGCUAUGUACAGGAACAAGCUUUGUCGACCAUCGCCACUGUCGCCGAUUCUGCCGAAGCUGCAUUCGCCAAAUACUACAGCGACCUGAUGCCUCUUCUUUUCAAUGUUUUGCAAACCGAUCAAUCUAAAGAGAACCGCUUGCUCAGAGCCAAGGCCAUGGAGUGCGCCACUCUCAUCGCCCUCGCUGUUGGCAAGGAGCGCAUGGGCAACGAUGCACUCCAGCUUGUUCAGAUUCUCGGUACCAUUCAACAAGGCAUCACAGACUCUGAUGAUCCUCAAGCUUCAUAUCUGCUGCACUGUUGGGGACGUAUGUGCCGUAUCCUCGGUGCCGACUUCCUUUCAUACUUGCCUGCGGUUAUGCCUCCUCUUNUGGAGCUGGCCAAGGCAAAGGCUGACAUCCAGCUGCUUGACGAUGAAGACAACCUUGAACAGGAAGAAGGAUGGGAGCUUGUACCUCUCAAGGGCAAGUACAUCGGUAUCAAGACUAGCACACUUGAUGACAAGCACAUGGCCAUCGAGCUUAUCGUCGUCUACGCUCAACACUUGGCCGCAAGCUUCGAGAACUACGUUCUGGAUAUCAUGGAGAACAUUGCUAUUCCUGGUCUUGCCUUCUUCUUCCACGACCCCGUUCGCCAGGCCGCCGCAAAGUGUGUUCCCCAACUUCUCAACUGCUACAAGCUCGCCCACGGCAUGCAAUCACCACAAUUCCGCCAACUCUGGUCAACCACCAUUGCCAAGGUGCUCGAGGUUCUUGAGACCGAGCCAGCCAUUGAGACUCUGGCUGAGAUGUACCAAUGCUUCUACGAGUCAGUGGAAGUUUGCGGCAACGGUUGUUUGAGUCCCGAUCACAUGGCAGUCUUCAUCAACUCUGCUGAGGGUGUUCUCAAGGACUACCAAACCCGUGUCAACGAGAGACUCGAGGAGGCUAACGAACGCGAGGACGGCGAAGAGGCUAGCGAAGAGACACUUUUCGCCAUCGAGGAUGACCAAACCCUGCUAUCCGACAUGAACAAGGCUUUCCACACCAUCUUCAAGCACCACGGUACUACUUUCCUUCCCUUCUGGCAGAAGCUUAUGCCCUACCUCGACCAAGCACUCGUGAACCAGGACCCAACACAAAGACAAUGGGCGCUGUGCAUCAUGGACGAUGUUCUGGAGUUCUGCGGUCCCGACUCAUGGGCAUUCGAGAGCCAUAUCGUGCAACCCCUGGUUGAUGGUAUGCGAGACGACGUUCCUGCCAACAGACAAGCCGCAACCUACGGAGCUGGUGUUGCAGCACACAAGGGUGGCGCACCGUGGUCAGACUUUGCCAAUGCCAGCUUGCCACUCCUCUUCCAGGCGACGCAAAGACCAGAUGCCCGUACCGGUGACCAUGUGUUCGCAACCGAGAACGCUUGCGCAAGUAUCGCCAAGAUUCUUCACUUCAACAACACCAAGGUCGCCAACAGCCAACAAGUUGUCGAGGCAUGGAUAGGAACAUUGCCUGUCGUUAACGAUGAAGAGGCCGCUCCCUUUGCCUAUGCCUUCCUCGCACAACUCAUCGACCAAACCGCACAACAGGUUGUGCAGUCCGCCAAGGCACUUGUCACCAUGGCAUCGCUGGACGCUAACCAACUUCUGGCUGAGAUGUCGCCAGAGGUUCAGCACGCUGUUCGUGCCUUCUUUGGUUGA